AUGUCGUCAGCACAGUCGUCUAUGCAACUGAGCAAUGUAAGUGAUCCUCUCCGGGUACAUGUCCCUCCCAACGAGACGCCCGAGGAGAGGAAGAGGCGUAUCGCCGCCGAGAAAAAAGCAAAAAAGAUUAGCGAGGCUAUCGAUAAACAACUCAAAGCAGAAAGGGACGAAAUGGAAAAAACACGGGGGACAAAGUUGCUUCUUUUAGGUUCAUCCGAAAGUGGCAAAACCACUGUAUUGAAACAACUAAAAAUAAUCCAUGGGAAAGGACUCGAAAACGAACGAGAACAGUACCGACAUAUAGUUCAUCUCAACGUACUCACUGCUAUCAAGGCCCUCGCCAAGGGCUUUGAAGUGAACAACCUUACUCUUGAAAAUUCCGAAAAUGAUGAGCAUUUAGCCGCCAUUUUGAGCUUGAGCUCAAUCAAGGAAAGUUUAAACCGCCAGUCCUUGUCUUUACAGGCGGCCGUGGGUGGCUUAAAAUCAGCAGAUGACGCAACAGCCAUCUUGCUGGCAAAUUACGAGUCCGUCAAGGCCGUGUGGAGUGAUUCGGCAGUACAAAAAUAUUUCGAGAGUGCUAACGAUAUUGGAUUACAAGAUUCUGCCAAGUAUUUUUUGGAUAAUGUCGAUCGAUUGGCUCAGGAAAAUUAUUUACCAACUGACGAAGAUAUCCUGCAGGCUAGGAUACGGACUCUCGGUGUUACCGAACACAAAUUCGAUAUUAAUUCGACGACAUACAAGAUUUACGACGUCGGCGGUCAUCGUUCACAGAGACAGUACUGGGCUCCUUAUUUUGACGAUGUUAAUGCGAUAAUCUUCAUGGCAGCUGUCUCAGCUUUUGAUCAGCCGCUUGAAGAAGAUCUUAGAAUCAAUCGCAUGCGGGACUCGCUAGACCUGUUUAAUACCAUCUGCAAUCACCCGCUGUUUAAGAACACUAGCAUAAUUCUGUUUUUGAACAAAAUCGACAUCUUGAAGAAGAAGUUAAACAGAUUGCAACUGAAAACAUACUUUAAGGAGUACCAAGGUGCUAACGAUUUUCAAUCGGUAACUAAAUUUUUCCGACGUGAAUUCCUAUCAAGGAACAAAGUCGUUGAUAAGAACGUAUACGUUCACUUUACGCAUGCUACUGAUACAACUCAAAUGCGAGUGAUUGUAGCUUCAGUAAACGAUAUGAUUCAACGUGAGAACCUCAAGGCAUCCGGUUUAAUCUAA